UUGAUCACCAAAGCAACAACAAUGCAAUGCAACCUUUCAUGUUUUAUCCACCACAAAUACAUUUCAUAAGAUUUUCUUGGUUCACAAAAGACCAACAAAUUCACUAUUUCAUCAUAUCAUUAAGUCCUCAAUUUAACCAAACUUCCCAACAUAUGUGACCAUCUUUAUCAUUUUACUAGCUAGUUCCAAAACUUUCCUUCUAUUCUCACUUUCCAACAUCAUCAUUAAUAUCAUCACCAUUUUUAGCUGCAAAAAUUUCAUCAUUCACUAGUGAUGGAAUCUGAUAACUCUUCCAAAAGAAAUUCCAAUGCUCAACUCCUUGAAGAACUAGAAGCAUUAAGUGAAUCACUUUACCAAUCACACACCACAGCUAGAAGAAAAACAGCUUCUCUAACACUUCCAAGAACUUCAUCACCUUUUGUUCCAUCUUCUUCUAAUGAUGACAAUGAAUCUGCUAAACUUGACAACAAAAGCAGCAACAAACCGAAGUCUCGUCGAAUUUCCUUGUCUCCAUGGAAACCAAAAACAAAUCUUGAAGAUGCCAAGGCUUCACCUACUCAACAAGAUAACAAAUUUAAUGAUGAAGCAACAAAUUCAGCUGAGAAAAAAGGGAUUUGGAAUUGGAAGCCUAUAAGGGCUAUUUCUCAUAUUGGAAAACAGAAAAUAAGCUGUUUGUUUUCUGUUGAAGUUGUGACUGCUCAAUUCCUUCCUUCAUCAAUGAAUGGUUUAAGGCUUUCUUGUUGUGUAAGAAAGAAAGAGAACAAAGAUGGUUCUGUUCAAACAAUGCCAUCAAGGGUUAUUCAAGGUGCUGCAGAUUUUGAAGAGACACUUUUCAUUAGGUGUCAUGUUUAUUGCAAUCAACAAGGUAGUAGUGGAAAAAAUCAUCUUAAAUUUGAGUCGAGACCAUUUUGGAUAUACCUUUUUGCAGUUGAUGCUAAAGAGCUUAACUUUGGAAGAAAUUCAGUUGAUUUAAGUCAGUUGAUUCAAGAAUCUGUUGAGAAAAGCCGGCAAGGAAAUCGAGUUAGGCAAUGGGAGAAAAGCUUUGGUUUAACAGGAAAAGCAAAAGGAGGAGAGUUGGUUUUGAAACUAGGGUUUCAAAUCAUGGAGAAAGAUGGAGGAGUUGAAAUAUAUAACAUGGAAGAGAAUUUGAAGACUAAUAGCAAGUUUAGAAACAUUGCUUCAUCGUUCGCUCGGCGACAAUCAAAGACAUCUUUUAGCAUGCCUAGUCCAAGAAUCACAAACAGAAAUGAUGCUUGGACUCCUUCACAAAGAAGGUUAGCAGAAGAUAUUCAAGGUAUGGAUGAUUUGAAUCUUGAUGAAAAAGAAAAAGAAAAAGUGGAGGAAGAUCUUGAUCUUCCGGAAUUCGAGGUUGUUGAUAAAGGAAUUGAAGUUGAGAAGAAAAAGGAAGAUGAAUAUGAAGAUGAAAGAUCUGAGAAAUCGAUGGAAGUGAAAUCGGCUUCGAGUGAAAUUGUUAAGGAAAUAGUCCAUGAUCAAUUGCACUUAACAAGAUUAAUUGAGCUUGAUUCACUUGCUAAGCAAAUAAAAGCUCUUGAAUCCAUGAUGGGAGAACAUAACAAGUUCAUAAAAGAUUAUGACACAGAAUCACAAAGAUUGGAUUCAGAUGAAGAAAAUGUGACAAGAGAGUUUCUUCACAUGCUUGAGGAUCAAAAGUCUAGUAGAGGAAACAAUUACAAAAUCAACCAAUCUGAAAUUCCAACUUUGCUACUUGAAGAAAAUGAUGAGAAUUCUUCAUCAAAAGUGUAUCUUCCUGAUCUUGGAAAAGGAUUAGGUUGUGUUGUUCAAACAAAGGAUGGAGGAUACUUAGCAUCUAUGAAUCCAUUAGACAAUCUUUUGGAUAGAAAUGAUACUCCAAAGCUAGCAAUGCAGAUGUCAAAGCCUUUUGUUUUGACAUCACAUCAUUGUUUAAAUGGAUUAGAAUUGUUUCAAAAUUUGGCUGCUAUUGAUCUUGAUGAAAUCAGUUCUCGAAUUUUCUCGUUGAUGCCGAUCAAUGAACUCGUAGGUAAAACUGCUGAACAGAUUGCUUUUGAAGGUAUAGCUUCUGCUAUAAUACAAGGUAGAAACAAAGAAGGAGCUAGUUCGAGCGCGGCCCGGAUCGUUUCGGCCUUGAAAGAAAUGGCAAAUGCAAUGAGUUUAGGAAGACAAGAAAGGAUUUCAACGGGAAUUUGGAAUGUGGAUGAUACAUUAGUUACUGCAGAGAAAAUUCUAGCUUUUACAAUGCAGAAGAUUGAAUUUAUGGCUAUUGAAGGGUUGAAAAUUCAAGCUGAUAUGGCUGAGGAAGAAGCUCCUUUUGAUGUUUCUUCACAAAGCACUGAAGAAGGAAACAAAGAAAAAGAUAUAUUGAGUUCUGCUAUUUCACUUGAGGAUUGGAUUAGAGAUCAAAGCUAUAGUAAAAAUGAACUAUCAAAUUUUGCAAUGAUGUUUGUAGUUCAACUGAGGGAUCCAACAAGAAGAUAUGAAGCAGUUGGAGGACCAAUGAUGGUGUUUGUUCAUGCAACAAGUGUGGAUAUAAAGGGUAAUGAUGAUCACUAUGAAGAUGAUGUUGAUGAGGAGAAAAGGUUUAAAGUAACUAGCAUGCAUGUGGGAGGCUUUAAGGUGAGGAGCGGAAUUAGAAGGAAGAAUAGUUGGGAUAUUGAGAAACAAAGGCUAACUUCAAUGCAAUGGUUGAUUGAACAUGGAUUGGGAAAGGCAGGGAAGAAAGGAAAACAUGGAUUGGCAAGAGGGCAGCAAGACUUGUUAUGGAGCAUUUCUUCAAGAGUUAUGGCUGAUAUGUGGCUUAAAACCAUGAGAAAUCCUAAUGUCAAACUUGUGUAAAGUAAUAAGCAAGUAUACUAUCCUUAAAAUUGAUAUAUUUGAGUUUAUCUAUUUUAGAAGCAAUUGUGAGACUAUUUAUGAUAGCUUAUUGAAACAGCUUUUGACAUA